GAUGGGGAGAGUAAUGUUUAAAAUUUUAUGUGGCUACUAGCUACCACUAUGGGCCUAGGGCUCUAUGUCGAACUCUCAUUUGGUUUUGAGUUUAAGUCAUAACGAUUUAAAUUGAUUUUAUCCUCUAAUCAUUUCAACUUUAUAUCAUUUCGAGUUAUUUUUUUUUUUUUUGACAAGGAGUUCAACUUCAAAUUUGUAUGUUAUUACUAGAGUAAAGUCGAUUGGAUAUUAGAAGUUCAUGUCAAUUUUGUAAUUUCCUUAAACACGUUUUUGAAUACUCUUACCAAAAAUUGCGGUUUUAAAAAUCUUAAAUUUCUUUUUAUGUGAGAGGACAAGAACAGCAGUGACGACUGUAAUUCAGCUGAAUCUUGAAUAAUAAUGGGUUGUUGUGCAAGUAGAAGCAAGGUUUCAGAAACCAAAAUGAAUGUUGUUAGAUCAGAGAAAAGAACCAGCAACAGUUCAAGCAACCCAGAAAAUUCUCAGCAACACGUUAGAAAUUAUCAGCAACAACCCCAGCAACAUCAGCAACAGAGGCAGCAGAUUGUUGUUCAACAACAAAAACCCAAUUCCCAAAUCAUUCAACAAGAACAAAGGUAUAUUAAUAAUAAUACCACUGCUAAUAAUAGUAAUCAUCAACCCCAAAAACCUAGGAUUGCAAUUGCUGGCCCACCUUCAGAUACUAUUUUGGGAAAGCCUUUUGAAGAUAUUAGGUCACACUAUAAACUUGGGAAAGAAUUGGGUAGAGGUCAAUUUGGGAUUACUUAUUUGUGUACUGAGAAUUCAACUGGACAAACUUAUGCUUGUAAAUCAAUUUUGAAGAGGAAAUUAGUUACUAAGGCUGAUAAAGAGGAUAUUAAGAGGGAAAUUCAGAUAUUGCAGCAUUUAUCAGGGCAGCCUAAUAUUGUGGAAUUUAAAGGGGUUUAUGAAGAUAGACAAUCUGUACAUGUGGUGAUGGAGCUUUGUGCUGGAGGGGAGUUGUUUGAUAGGAUUAUUGCUCAGGGGCAUUACUCCGAACGAGCCGCUGCCGCGGUUUGUAGGCAGAUUGUUAAGGUUGUUCAGAUUUGUAACUUCAUGGGGGUGUUGCACCGUGAUCUUAAGCCGGAGAAUUUCUUGCUGUCUAGUAAGGAUGAAGGAGCUAUGCUCAAGGCUACUGAUUUCGGGUUGUCGGUAUUUAUAGAAGAAGGCAAGGUGUAUCGUGAUGUGGUUGGCAGUGCUUACUAUGUUGCUCCUGAAGUACUUCGGAGAAGGUAUGGGAAGGAAAUAGAUAUUUGGAGUGCAGGAAUUAUGCUGUAUAUUCUACUCAGUGGUGUCCCACCUUUUUGGGCUGAAAAUGAGAGAGGCAUAUUUGAUGCCAUACUGAAAGGAGAAAUUGACUUUGAAAGCGACCCAUGGCCAUCUAUAUCCAAAAGUGCAAAGGACCUGGUCAGAAAGAUGUUGAAUCCAGAUCCAAAGAAGCGAAUCACUUCUGCAGAAGUGCUUGAGCAUCCUUGGAUGAGAGAAGGCGGAGAUGCAUCAGACAAGCCAAUAGAUAGUGCAGUGCUCUCUAGAAUGAAACAGUUUAGGGCAAUGAAUAAGCUAAAGAAGCUAGCUUUAAAGGUUAUCGCAGAAAAUAUGUCCGAAGAGGAUAUUAAAGGUUUUAAAGCUAUGUUUGAUAACAUGGACACAGACAACAGCGGUUCAAUAACCUAUGAUGAACUUAAAAAAGGAUUAGCUGAACUUGGGUCAAAGCUUACUGAAACUGAAGUGAAGCAACUUAUGGAAGCUGCUGAUGUUGAUGGAAAUGGGACAAUUGACUAUACGGAAUUUAUCACUGCAACAAUGAAUAGACACAGACUGGAAACAGAUGAAAAUUUAUUAAAAGCAUUUCGAUACUUUGAUAAGGAUAAUAGUGGGUGA